GACCAAUCAGCGUGUGGAAAGGGCGGGACAAGAGCGAAAAUAUUUAGCUCCGCGAGCGACCUGCUGCGGUGGUGAAGAGAACCAGCGAGGCGACGCACGACACAGGACAGUAUUUCUACAUUACCUACCUGACACUGCUCGCUCUCAAGUUUCCCAUGUUUAUUAUUGCCCUCCUGCCCCUCCUCCUGUGGCCGGGCCCUGGUUGCCGUGCGGCUGACAUUCCGGAGGACACCACGGCAGAGUUCUCUGUCAGACUGUACCACCAGCUGCAGGCGCGGGCUGGAGACGAAAACAUCAUCUUCUCCCCCCUCAGUGUGGCUGUGGCCCUGGGCAUGGUGGAGCUGGGGGCCCGCGGGGCCUCCCUCACACAGAUACGCCAGGCUGUCGGCUUCAGCCACCUACCGACAGAUGAGGAGUUCUCUCUGCUCCAGAACCUGACAGGGGCUCUGUCUGAAGACGACGCCCACUACAUCAUCCGACUAGCCAACUCCCUCUUCCUGCAGAGCGGCGUGACCUUUAACCCGGAGUUCCUGCGGCUGAUGAAGAAGUACUUCGGGGCGGAGGUGGAGACGGUGGACUUCAGCGAAUCAGCCGCCGUGGCAGAGCAGAUCAAUGGCUGGGUGGAGAACCACACUGAGAGUAAGAUCCGUGACCUGCUGUCAGCUGAUGACUUCAGCAGUGUGACCCAGCUGACCCUGGUCAACGCGGUGUACUUCCGGGGCAGCUGGAAGAACCAGUUCAGACCGGAAAACACCAGAACCUUCUCCUUCAGCAAAGACGACGGGAGCGAGGCCCAGACACACAUGAUGUACCAGCAGGGAGACUUCUACUAUGGUGAGUUCAGUGAUGGUUCAUCCGAGGCAGGUGGUGUGUACCAGGUGUUGGAGAUGCCCUAUGAAGGAGAGGACAUGAGCAUGCUGGUGGUGUUACCCAGACAGGAAGUCCCCCUGGCAGUCCUGGAGCCAAUCAUCAGAGCCCCUCUCUUGGAGGAGUGGGCCAACAACGUCAAGAGGCAGAAGGUGGAGGUCUACCUGCCCAGGUUUAAGGUUGAGCAGAAGGUAGAUCUGAAGGAGACUCUGCAGGAUCUGGGCAUCAAGAACAUCUUCACUAGAGAUGCUGACCUGUCUGCCAUGACAGACGGUAAGGACCUGUUCAUUGGGAAGGCGGUGCAGAAGGCCUACCUGGAGGUGACAGAGGAGGGGGCGGAGGGAGCUGCAGGAUCAGGAAUGAUAGCCCUCACCAGGACUCUGGUUCUGUACCCUCAGGUCAUGGCUGAUCACCCCUUCUUCUUCAUCAUCAGAAACCGCAGGACAGGUUCUAUCCUGUUCAUGGGCAGGGUCAUGACGCCAGAGGUCAUCGACCCUACUGACUUCGACAACGACUCCAUGUAACUAUGAAGACGGCCAAUUGGAUUCCAGUGUGCUGCUAUCCUGCUAUGAGGUAGGUGAACGGGUUGCUAAGAGGUGUGUGGAGACGGCGAUGAAACAGGGAGAAAUUAUAACACCAGCUGUAUUUACUCUUUUACUUGACAAUUAAAUAUCAACGUGUUCCAGUUACAAUUGUCUACUGUCUUUUUGUAUAUAAUUGUAUUGAAUUGUAUUUGGUAACACUACUUUAUAUUAAAUUGCUCUUAUACCUGUG